CUUCACCAUUUCCCUAUAACCUAAAAGACGAGGCUCCUAAUUCUUGACACCCUCCUUCGCUAAACAGAGACACUCUUCCUCCCGGGAAAAAAACUCAAAGCACCACCCGCCGGUUGCCAUUUUUCCGACGCAAGCUCCCGAAGCCCCGCCUCAAUACACAGCACGGAAGAAGGAGGAGCAAGCCGCAGCAUGGACCGCUUUAGCGGGGGAUGGUUUCAAGAGGACGCGCCGGAAGCUACACAAGGCCUCAGCCGGCCUAGACGUGCGGCUAACGUUGCUUGAGGAGCCGGAGGAGGUUAUUCCCUGCGGGCAGCCCGACCUGGCGCCAGUUCUGCCUUCCGUCCACACUGGACGCCUGAGGACUUUUUCCAGAAGUUGCUGAGCACAGCUGAGUGUGGCUUGGACUUAAUGCUGGCUGAUCAUUAACCAGAGAAUGGAAAGGGAAGAAGUGGAUGCACAUGUGAUCAUGUCUGCAGGGGCUCCCAUUCUUGCCAUAGUUAAGAGAUCAAGCAUCAUUAUAUCUGCAUCACCCAUAGUGGCCUUGCUCUAUGGUGCAUACACUACAGGGUAUAUGGGAAAAAAUCCUUAGGACUGUUGAAAAAAUUGCAAGUGACAUGAUAAUUUAGCCAGUGACUCAGAAUGAUGGAUUACCAGAAGAUUGGAAAUGGUUUGCAAGUGACUGGUAUAGGGGCAUCUGCACUCCACAUGGUGGGGUAUUUGGGAAAAGACUGUAAUUCUGCUGAAGUAACUCCAGAGGAAUGCUGCCCAGCUUGCAAAAAGAAGGGUCUGGUGCAAGCUUUAAGAAUAUAUCGCAUCAGUUUCAAAGAAUCAAUUUUCCUAUGUGAAAAUCCACAGUGCAUCUACCCUCUGGGGUUUAAACCACUUAACAACAUUAUAAUUCCCAUUAAUUCUCAGGGGACUUGUAGGAAAAGAAAGGUUUUUGACACAAGCCUGGUGACCUCUCCUGUUGAACAAUGCUUAAAAUUAACUAGGACUGAUAACUUGAUGGACACUGAGAAGAUGUUCAAACCUGAUCUCGCUUCCAAGUGCAAUGGAGAUAGUCUGUUUGGGACUCGGUCAGGGCAACCUGACUUUUCGGACUCUAAUAGCGCAACUGAGUCUAUGGAGCAGAAAAUGGACAUGGAAAAGGCAGUUCAAGAAAGUUCACCAGAGAUCUUCAAUGUUCAGGCACAGCUUUUGUCAGAAUCUGAAAUUGGUUCAUCAGUGUCUAAAAUUCUGCAUCAAGACAAACAAUCUCUGCCAGAGCCAUUGUGGCUUCAGUGGAGGAAUACGUAUGCUCUCUGCUGGUUAGAUUGUAUUCUGACCACACUAGUGCAUUUAGAAACACUAAAAAUGAUUCUGAAUGGAUCAGUCUUAAAAAAUGUAUCGGUAAUCCAGAGUUUAUUUGCAAAGUACAACCAAGCAACUGCACUUGUGAAUACUUGCCAAAAAGGUGAACGUGUUCCUUUGGAUGUUCUAUGGAGAGCUGAAUCACACUUGAAUGAAAUCAGAAAUACAAUCUUUGUCCAACUUCAGCCUCAGCUUAAGUGUACAUUGGGUAAGGAAGAAAGUCCAGUGUUUGCUUUUCCUCUGCUUUUACAGAAUGAUCCUCAAAUAGAGAAACUAUUUCUCCAUUCUUAUUCAUGGAAGUUUGAAUGUUUACAGUGUGGCCACCAAGUCAGUGAAAGCUAUCGGAAGACAUUGACAACAUUUACAAAUAUAAUCCCAGAAUGGCACCCACUGAAUGCUGUUCAUAUUGCUCCCUGUAAUAAUUGUCAUCACACAUCUCAGAGAAGAAAAAUGGUUGUAGAAAAUGUCUCCUCUGUACUUAUGAUGCACUUUGUGGAAGGCUUGCGACAUAAUGAUCUGAAGACCUACUCAUUUCACUUUAAAGAAGAUACCUACCAAAUAACAGCUGUUGUUCAAUAUCAGGAGGAGGCAAAACACUUCAUAACAUGGAUCUUGAAUUCAGAUGAAACGUGGCUUGAGUGUGAUGACUUAAAGGGUUCAUACUCUAGAAGGCACAAAAACUUUGGAGUUCCCCCUUCAGAAGUUCACAUUGUCAUCUGGGAAAGAAAAUCAAAUGAUCUGGAUUUGCAGUUACAAAGAGGAGGAGCUACAUAUGUCUCUCUGCUGAAGAAAGCGCAGCCAGAUUCUCCUGUCAAACAUGUUGAUGACAAGGCUGUAGAUGUUGCACCUUUAAUUUGUCAUAGUGAGGAUAUGUUGAAAGCACAAACAAAUGAGACACAAAAGUUGGUUAGUAAUGACAAAAGUAAUUUGCUUUGGGGCUUGGAAAAUCUGGCCGAUGAUGAUGUUAUAACUUUGACUCUUGUAAGUGUUCCACUUGACUUGAAAGGUAAACCACUGGAAGACAGCCAUGUAGUGGAAAAUAACCUGAUGGUCAAAACAGACACAUUGCAGCUGCAAGAUCCAGGUGAAGUCAGUGUGCCUCCAUCUACUUCUGAAAGAGACAUUGCUGAGAAGGAGUGGACGUUACCAGAAAAUACCAAUGCUCCCUUGUAUCAGGGACAGCAAAACAAUGCAAGUAACACAUUUAUAAUGCCAGUAGUUUCUCUAAGCAAUAGCAAUUACUCACCAGAAACAUCAGUUCAAGGAGCAGAACCUGAAGCUCCUGUCAAAGAUAGCAGCAGGUUGGACGCAGCAAAUCCACAAAACAAAAACAUCAGAACAAAAGUAGGGAGUAGUGUACUGACAACACCUAAUAUUGUAGAACACCCAAGAGAAGCAACAGCAAAUUCCCAGGUUUGUGCUCCAUCUACCUCAAGUAAUUCUUCUCAAUCACUCCCUAAAAAUGGAAGGAAAUCAUUUGUAGGCAGUUGGGUAAAGGGUUUACUUGAAAAAUAUCCUAUUAUACCUAAGAGUGUCUCCACCUAUAAUGCAAUAGAGAUCUCUAAAAAGUCCAGUAAAAAAGAGACUAACUCCAGUUCACUUGGUAGGCAGGCAAGCCACUUUCGUGGUUUCCAGGUGAAACAUUCAAACAAACAAAGUAAGACAAUAACUGAAAGGGCAUUUGGUUCUUCUCAUGAGGCUCUUCUUCCAUCAGCCCCUACCACUUCUCUUAUUGCAAAUCCCUCUAUAGAAAAGCAUCACAUUGGUGAAAGUAAGGGAACUGUAGCUAAGAGUGCAGGCUCACUGGUUACUUCGCAUAGCCAGAUUCAGCCCAAACAGAGCCACAAUGAAAAUAAAAGCUUUACAUCUGUUGAAAAUGUUGAUGAGUCAAGUGUUGUCAGAGCACAUCAACUGCGCCUACAACUUCUUCAACAGCUUAAAGCUAAAAAGGAGAAGCUAGCUUCACUAGAUAGGCUGGCAAAGGCUCAGGUGAGAAAUAGGCAUUCUCCUAAGAAAAGGAUGAAGGACCAGUCACAGCUUGGAUUCCAGAAGGAAAGUGAGUCUCUGCAGAGCUUGUUAAAUGCACUGCAGCACCAGAUCGAUGUUGAAGAUGGUAAAUCUGAGAAUUCUCCAAGCACCAGUAUGUCCCAGUGCAGCAGUUCAAGUUAUGAUGAUAUUUUAUCUGAGCUACUGUCUCCAGCUACAUCUGUUGCUUCUUUACAACUUCCACAAGAAGAAGAAUGUAGAUAUCUAGAAAUAGGUGGCAGUCCAGUGCCAAAUAAGACAUACGAUGGCACACAGGACACAAAUCAUGACCAUAAUUAUAGUCCAUUAAAGGAAAAUGGAUAUGAAGGUCAUACAGACCUUUCGGCAUUUAAAUCACCCCUGAAGAAACUCAACUUCGAUAGUCCUACAAAACAAGAUAUUCUGGAAGAACUGUUACCUAGUUCAAUGUUGAAUUCAAUAAUGGCUGACACUGAAGACUUGCAUCAUUUUGAUGAAACUCUGUUAACUUGGUGAAUUGUGUUUUAACAAUUUCAUAUGUUUCUAUUAGUUGGCUUUAAAACAAAGCAUAACUUAAUAUUACAAGCUAAUUUUGCACAUGGUGUUACUUUUGAUUUUUUAAAUAUGAAAGAUUUGUACUACAAGGUUGUUGUUUUUAUUAAUAAAUUAAGUUUGUAUUUUUCCUUUAAGACAAGUAUUAGCUGGAAGAGAUAAUCUGAAUCUUGUGUCUAAAAUAGAGGUGAUAAAGGGUAGUUUUUACAAACUUCAGUAAAGUUUGCUGAGCCAGAGUGGCAUUUGUACAAGAACUCAGAUGCUCAGUUGCUGAACUACAGAAAUUUGGUAAGCGAUGACUAAGUGUGUGUACACACAUACAUGUUCAUGGUAGUGUGCCAGCAUAGUUGCUAACAGAUGCUUAUUUCAAAAUACUUGCCAGUUGGCAUAGCCAAGUGUUUUAAAAAAAGAGCUGUUAAAUUUCUUUUCUUUUCUAUAAUUGUGUUAAUUUUUUGUUAUUGUUAUCUUACACUUGAGGAAAAACAAGUUUCUGUUCCCAAAAUAUACCUAACUGGAAGCAAGUUCAUUAAAAUGAUGGGAACGCACCAUAAAUUGUUAGAGCUCACCCUUUCUGAGUAAAGAAUAGUCCUUUGUGAAUGCUCUGUUUAUGCAUAAUGCUAAACCAUCGUGUGUGUUAACUAUGGUUUGUUCAACAAAUUGUGAGUUGUUUCACAGAUAAGCAAAUACAAUAUGGCUUCUUUCUCCAAAGCUUGGUUUGUUUUCCAGCUGCUUGUGCCUCUGUAGCUUGACAAAGUGUCUUGAGAUAGAUUGGCCAAACAAUCCAUGGUUUAGCAAGACUGUUGGAUUCAGUCAGACUCUCAGAUCAUAGUUAGUGUAAUUGGCUGGUUUCGGAUGUUCACAAACUAUAAUUUGGCUAAACAGACGAUGCCUUAGUGUGAAACCAGACCACUCUUCCUGUACAGAUGAGUUAUGAGGUUAAGAUUCAUUUAGGAGGCACUGCUAAUUCUGAGUCAGUUUUGAUAAAGCAGUGAUCUCAGCAAAUCCUAUUCAAUCAAGGUUUACUUUUCCCCAGAGUUUUAAUCAAAGGGAAAAUAAAAUGGUUUUCAAAAGCUG